AUGUCCGGCGGGGCCCCACUACCGCCGUCGCAGAUGGACCUGCAGAAGGUUGUAGAGGUGCAGUUUGAGAUAUUCAAGGAGAAGCAGAUUAAAGACUACGCCGUGUGCCUCGUGGAGCACGCCAAGUCCUACGAACGCGGCCAGCCUGUGCGUGGGGGCAUCAAUGACCUUCGCAUGGGAACCACCGACUUUGAGUUCGCCUGCGAGACGUGCCACCGGAAGCAUCCGGACUGCCCGGGUCACUUUGGCUACAUUGAACUCGCAGAGCCCGUCUUUAACAUUGGACCCUUUGACAUUGUGCUGCAGGUGCUGAAGUGCGUGUGCAAGUCCUGCGGUGCCCUCCUCAUGGAUACCAGCGACCCGCAGAUGCGCACGCGGCUGCAGCACCUCACCGGUGUGAAUCGCUUGCGGCAGGUGGCAAAGAUGUGCGGCAUGAAGUGCCGCAUGUCAACCGACGCCGCCACUCCUGAGGAGGCGGCUGCAGCGCGGGGGUGCGGUGCCACGCAGCCCCGCAUCGGCCGCUACCUCGGCAUCUACCCCACCCUUAUCAUCAAGGCAACGCUGGAGGAACAGGACAUGGUGUGGCACGCCGACACCGCGCGUCAGGUGCUCGACCGCAUCUCCGACGAGGACGCGCGGUUGAUGGGCUUCGACGCGUUACGCUGCCACCCACGCGAUCUCGUGCUGACAGUCCUUCCGGUGCCCCCGCCGCAGGUGCGUCCUGCCAUCUCCUUUGGUAGCCUCAAGUCCGACGACGAACUCACGCACCAGAUCAUGUCCAUCGUGAAGCGCAACAAUCAGCUGCGGAAGGACAAGGAGUCGGACGUGCAGGCGGCGGUGGACCGCAGCCGGGCGUUGCUGCAGGAGCACGUGGCCACGUACUUCAACAACGCUUCCACGUACUACAAGCCGACGAAGGUGAACGAUACGAAGAAGCUCAAGUCACUGACGGAGCGUCUGAAGGGAAAGUACGGCCGCCUGCGCGGGAACCUGAUGGGGAAGCGCGUGGACUUUUCCGCCCGCACCGUCAUUACCGGCGAUCCAAACAUCGACGUGGAUGAGGUGGGUGUGCCCUUCUCCGUUGCCAUGACGCUGACCUUCCCGGAGCGCGUGAACUCCGUCAACAAGAAGCGGCUGACGGAGUUCGUGCGCCGGCCGGUGUACCCCUCGGCCAACUACAUUCACCACCCGAAUGGCACCACCACUAAACUCGCGCUGCGGCGGGACCGGUCGAAGGUGACGCUCAACAUCGGCGACGUUGUGGAGCGGCACAUCAUCAACGGCGACGUUGUGCUUUUCAACCGGCAGCCUACGCUGCACCGCAUGAGUAUGAUGGGUCACCGCGUGCGAGUGUUGAACUACAACACCUUUCGUCUCAACCUCUCGUGCACGACGCCGUACAAUGCAGACUUUGACGGGGACGAGAUGAAUCUGCAUGCGCCGCAGAGCCUCCUCACAAAGGCGGAGCUGAUUGAGAUGAUGAUGGUGCCGAAGAACUUCGUGUCCCCCAACAAGUCUGCCCCGUGCAUGGGCAUUGUGCAGGACAGCCUCCUCGGCAGCUACCGCCUCACCGACAAGGACACCUUCCUCGACAAGUACUUUGUGCAGAGUGUGGCGCUCUGGUUAGACCUCUGGCAGCUGCCUGUGCCAGCCAUACUGAAGCCACGCCCACUGUGGACAGGCAAACAAGUCUUCUCCCUCAUUCUUCCGGAGGUGAACCACCCGGCGACGCCGCAGGACCGGCCGCCUUUCCCGCACAACGACUCCAGCAUCAUGAUCCGACGCGGGCAGCUGCUCUGCGGGCCCAUCACGAAAGGCAUCGUCGGUGCCGCUCCUGGCUCCCUCAUCCACGUCAUUUUUAACGAACGCGGCUCGGACGAGGUGGCACGCUUCAUCAACGGGGUGCAGCGUAUCACAACCUUUUUCCUCAUCAACUUUGGCUUCAGUGUCGGGGUGCAGGACACCGUCGCGGACUCGGACACGCUGCGGCAGAUGAACGAGGUGCUGGUGAAGACGCGUGAGAACGUCGAGAAGAUUGGGGCGGCGGCCAACAACCGCACGCUCAACCGGAAGGCCGGCAUGACGCUAUUGCAGUCCUUCGAGGCUGACGUGAACAGCGCGCUGAACAAGUGCCGUGAGGAGGCGGCUAAAAAGGCCCUGAGCAACGUGCGCCGCACGAACAGCUUCAAGGUGAUGAUUGAGGCGGGCAGCAAAGGGACGGACCUCAACAUCUGCCAGAUUGCCGUCUUCGUCGGCCAGCAGAACGUUGCGGGCAGCCGUAUCCCGUUUGGCUUUCGCCGCCGCACUCUGCCUCACUUCAUGCUGGACGAUUACGGGGAGACCUCGCGCGGCAUGGCAAACCGCGGGUACGUGGAGGGGCUCAAGCCGCACGAGUUUUUCUUCCACACAAUGGCAGGGCGAGAAGGGCUGAUUGACACGGCUGUCAAGACCUCCGACACCGGGUACCUGCAGCGCAAACUCAUCAAGGCCCUCGAGGACGUUCACGCCGCCUAUGACGGCACUGUGCGCAACGCCAAUCAGGAACUCAUUCAAUUCAUGUACGGCGAAGACGGAUUGGACGGGGCUCGGAUUGAGGGUGGCCAGUUGUUUCCGCUGCCAUUUCGGGACAACAAGGAGAUGGAGGGCACGUACAAGUACGAGUACGAUGAUACGGGUGCGUUUAACGAGAAGGUGGGUGGCACCUACAUGGACCCGCACGUGAAACGAAUGCUGCGCGCGGAUCCAGAGAACGUGCGGAAGCUCCAGGGCGAGUUUGAUCAGCUUAUGGCCGAUCGCGACUGGGCACGCAGAAUGAUGGACCUGGAGGAGCGGGAGAAGCUGAAGCUGAACCUCCCCGUCAACAUUGGCCGGCUCAUCCAGAACGCGCGGAGUACCAUGGGCAAGCGCAGUCAGGUCUCUAACCUCAGCCCCGUCACCAUCAUUGACAACGUGCGAAAGCUGCAGGAGGACAUGCUGAAGCUGUUCCCGUGCUACCACAAGGGCGUGGAUGGCCGCAUUUACAACGUGCUCAGCCGGCAACGGAUUGAGAAUGCCUUGACACUGUUUGGCGUUCACCUGCGCCAGAUGCUUGCCUCCAAGCGGGUGCUGAAAGAGUAUAAACUCAACGAUAAGGCCUUUGAGUACCUGCUUAAGGAGAUACGCACCAAGUACCUACAGUCGCUCGUCUCCCCUGGCGAGAACAUUGGGGCGAUCGCGGCGCAGUCCUGCGGGGAGCCGGCGACGCAGAUGACACUCAACACAUUUCACAAUGCGGGUAUUUCCUCCAAAAACGUUACGCUUGGCGUUCCACGACUGCUUGAACUGCUCAACGUCUCACGGAACCAGAAACAUGCGAGCAUGAAUGUUGCUCUGUACCCGCCCUGGGACAAGAAGCGCACUGCGCAGCAGGCUCAGCACCUCAUCGAGUACUGCACUUUGGAAAGCGUCACCAAGCGCAUCCAGUUCAUCUACGACCCGGACCCACGGGAGACGGUGGUGGAGGCGGACCGUGCCAUCCUGGAGCUGGAGUGGAGCGUCAUGGACGAGAGCGACGAGCGGGUGCGGCUGCAGGAGGUGGAGAACGGCUCCCCAUGGAUUGCGAGACUCGAACUCGACGCUGACAUGUUUGUCGAUAAAGCGCUCAAUAUGAAGGACGUCAAGCAGGCGAUCCUGCGCGUGGACGACGGCUACGUGAUAGAGACAGGCAUGGCAAAUGAUACAAAGGAGCGCACAAUACGCAUGCGGCCCAAGAAGAACGACGGCGCCGACUCCAUUCCGCGGCUGAAGCAGGCCAUCCCGGAGUUGCUGGCGCGUGUGCAUCUGCGCGGUAUCCCUGGCGUACGCAAGGCGCUGUUAAAGGACAGGACGACGUUCACCGUGGACCCCGCCACAGGGAAGAUGACAGGUGAGAAGACGUGGUUGAUUGACACGGACGGAACUGCACUGCGCCGCACUUUCAUUGGCAUAGUGGACGAGAAGGGCAAUAACAUCAUUAACGCCACCCGCACGAAUAGCAACAAGGUCCCUGAGGUCUGCAGCUUGCUCGGCAUUGAGGCGGCACGCUACAAGAUGUUGCACGAGCUGCGGGAGGCUUACCUUGCCUAUGGUCUUAACAUUAACUACCGGCACUACACCAUACUGGUGGACACGAUAUGCCAGCGGGGGUAUUUGAUGGCCGUUUCCCGCGUUGGUAUUAACCGCUCUGAGACGUCUGGGCCGCUGAUGCGCUGCUCGUUUGAGGAAACCGUGAAGGUUCUUAUGGCCGCCGCGGCAUUUGGUGAGCGGGAUCCCGUGCGUGGUGUGUCGGCGAACCUUGUGCUUGGUAACCAGGCCCGCAUUGGCACGGGUCUCUUUGAUCUCGUGCUGAACAUGGCGGCGUUGCAGCAGGCGGUGCCGCAGGAGGAUGCCGUGGCUCCCGGCAAGGACGUGAACGUCUACCACGGCCUUGCCUCAACCCAGAACCUGCCGUCGUCCAUGCCGCACCACGCAAAGCACCACGAGGCCACACCCUUUGUGAACGACACAAGUAUGUUCUUCCGUGAGGGCGUCGGUGGCAGCUCCUUGGCGGCGCCGUUCACCGCGUCAACGCUCUACGGCGGGGUGCAUGAGGCGAGCGCGGCGCACUUCAGUCAGGCGUACCCCGCGAUGGGCGUGGGGGAGCCGCGGGUGCGGGUUCCAAGUGCCUCGCAGCCGUACAGCGUCAUGCCGUCGGCGAGCAUGUACAACCCGGCCUCCAUGCAGGCCCCCUCGGUGGUGCCCGGCAGCAUGGACUACAGCGAGGCCUCCUCCUUUCACCUGCAGUCCAGCAUGGCAAUGCCGUCCGUCCACUCGUCCCCGCACCACGAGCCGCAGCUGGCGUUUGGUAACAGUCGCCUCGGCGGCCUCUCCCCAGCAUACGUGCCCUCCGUCAUGUCGAGUGUGGCGGCGCAGCCGUACCAGUGCAGCGGUGACUCGGAGUCACAGCAGUCCGCGUCGUACGUGCCGACGCUGUCGCCCGCCUACUCAGCGUACACGGCACGGCGCUCCGUGGCGGCGUCACGCACCAGCACCUCACGCGUCGACCCGCAGGCGUGGCUGCAGCAGGGGGAGGACUCCCCAAGCUACGUGCCGACGUCGCCGGGGCCACACGCCCUGCCGCCUCCCGUCGGUGACUUCUCCCUUCCAGAGGAUGCGGAGGAGGAGGAGCACCACUAG